CCUUUUAAUUUAGAAAGUAUCUAUCGAUCUCUCACUCAGCUCACAAUGAGUAGUCGGCGAUGAGUAGUCAUUUAUUUUAGUGAUAGUUUUCUAUAUUAUUUAAGUUUAUAGUUAUAAUAACUAGAUGCUUAAUUGAUAACAUUUUCUCUAAUCAUCAAUAUAUACACACAUCUUUUACACAAUGACGUCACACACACAAAAACUCCAUUGAUCAUCAUACAACGAAAGCUUUAAUUAUAUUCAUAAAUAAUUCUUAACCAUCGAAUUCGGAAACGUGCACGAUUUCACGAUACCCCUUCUUCAUUUCUGAAUUGGAUCUCAUAUUUGUCUUGGAAUUGUUAAGGCUUUUACUUCAGCAGUGUGUGUAGAAUCCAGGAACCUGUAACGUAACCAACUUCUAUGGACCUGCCUACUGAUGUACACAUAUCACCUGGUUCUGGGAUGAACAGCAAAUCUUCAGAACCGCCGAUCAUUCCAGUAUCUGGCGAGAAAAGAUACCUGACCCCCCUUUGGGUUUCUGACAAUGAAGAGCCACGUGAGGAACUCCAUCAAUACCAUUCAUUUCAAUGGGAAAACAUGGAAAAGGCGAGGAAUAAUUUAUGUUUAGAAACACCGGUGCGCCCGUUAUUCGGUGACUCGAGAUACCUAACGACACUUUGGGUUUCUAAAAAUGAAGACUCACGGGUUGAAGAACAACAAGUCUUUCCAAUUGCUGACUCUUCUCUUUCCACAAUAUCCAGUUUCGACCGGAAAGCCAAAAAUGAUCAGCUGAAGUUACAAGAUAAGAUUAAAUCUGCACUAAAACGCUUAACUUUCCGCGAGCAACGUGUUCUUGUUCAGUUUUGGUCGCCUCGUGUCACUGAUAAGCACCUAUUGUUACUUACAACCAUAGAUCAACCUUUUGGUCUUGGGGUAAUUGAUGAUCAAGGACUUGUUUCGUUUAGGAAGUACUCUGAGUGCAACCCUUUCCUUGUGGAUAAAGAUCAUCAAGAAGAAGACUGUAGUCCUCCUGCCCGCGUGUUUAGGCGAGGAUUGCCAGAGUGGGCUUCUGACAUACUAACUAAUUACAGCCCCAAACAUUUUCCACUACAAGAUUGUGCUAUUAGUUGCAAUCUCCAUGGGUAUUUGGCUUUACCUGUCUUUGAUUCUACUACAAGGUUGUGUGUCGGUGUCCUUGAACUCCUGAUGUCUUCUAAGAAUACGAGUUUUGCUUAUGAGGUUCAACAACUCCACUUGGAGCUGAAGAAAGAAAAGCUGACAAGCCCAAGAACAUUCAGUUUUCCUUUUCCAAUAGCUUCCGAAGCAUGGAAAAACUAUAGCGAUAUAAAUUAUAAGAUAUUCAAGGCUUUGCAAAUUGUGUGUAGCACCCACAGUUUGCCUUUUGCUCAGACAUGGGCUGCAUCUCCUUCCACUAGUUUGGUUUCUCAUGAUCAAGUUAUAGGGAAAAGCUGCAAUAGUUUCCACGCUCGAUGCAUUGGGAAACUCUGCUUGUCCACAGCAGAUCUACCAUAUCAUUGGCAACAUCCGGGCAUGAGGUCUUUCAGGAAAGCAAAUAGAGAGCAACACCUAGAAAGUCCCCGGGGAGUUGUUGGUAGGGUGUUUUCAACACAUGCUCCAUGUUAUUGUGUAGAUGUAACCAAACUCGGUGAACAAGAGUACCCUUUAGUUUACUAUGCACGUAUGAGCAAGUUAACUGGCUGCUUUGCAAUAUUUUUGCAGAGUGAUGAUAGCAAUCACCAGUAUGUGCUAGAAUUUUUUCUACCAGAGCACAUUAAAGAUAUCAGAUACUUAUCUAGCAUGAUGGGAACAUUAAAGGAGAAUAUGGAAGUUUCUGGAUUUGAGCUGGGUGACAAGUCAUCUAUUCAAGUUGUUGGACCACAUAUAGAUCUGUAUAUACACGAAGAACCUGAUAUUAUUCAAACAUCAUCGAACGAGAUUGGUGACAGCUUCUCUUGUAUAGAUUCGUCAUGUUCAGAGCAGAGUGUGACCUCUAUUGCUGGAAAUGACUCUGCUAAUGUUGUGUCUCCCACACAAAUUUGUAAGGAGAACACAUGUACCAAGUUUACUGAUGAUGUAGAAAAGAGCAAACUUAAAGAAGAUAGAAAGCGGAAGAGGUACUCGGAUAUACCAGUUACUCGGGAGGUGACAGUGAAAGCAACUUUUGAUGAAAUUAAGGAAGAGUUUCAGUUUUGUUUUCCAUCUGAACUGUCAAACUUGAAAAACGAAGUGGCAAAAAGGUUCAAUCUUAAGGGGAACACAAUUAGUCUAAAAUACUACGAUGAAGACAAUGAUCUGAUUCUCAUAUGUGUUUCAGAAGACGUGGAGUUUGCUUUGAGUGCUUCAGGAAGUAAUGACACUAUCAGUUUAAUUGUAAAGAUUAAUUGUGAAGAUCAAGGUGGCUCCUUAUGAGAGAACCUCACCCAUCAAAGGCUUUUUACUUUCAGGAGUUACUCACAUAUUCACAAGCAAUUAGGAGUUAACUGAGUAGGUCACUGGGUCAGGUGAUACCGUGAUAGGUAACUUUCGUUCUUUACUUCUGAUAUCUUUAAUCUGCUCUCCAGCCUUUUUGAGUAAAGGAUCAUACUGAGGUGUCUUCUUGUCUUUGAUCAGCUUAAAGAUCUCUAUCCAUUCAGUUGGCCCAAGUGUAGUAGGUUUGGCAUUUUAAAAAUUGUACAGCUUGGGCACACAUUUUCUUUGUAGGCUUAAGUUCAUACCUUGCUGAGUGAUAUUGAAUAUUGAAUCGGGCUAACUCG